AUGGAAGAUCCUACUAUAGGUUCUCGUCGAACUAGUGGCCCAUCGACUUCUAUUUAUCGUGGAGUUCGCAAGCGUAAAUGGGGAAAAUGGGUUUCCGAAAUACGCGAGCCGGGGAAAAAGACUCGUAUAUGGCUAGGAAGCUUUGACACUCCCGAGAUGGCUGCAACCGCAUAUGAUGUGGCUGCAUUACAUCUCCGAGGUCAUGGUGCAAACUUGAACUUUCCUCAUCUAGCAAAUAAUUUACCUCGCCCUAUGGGUACAAGUGCCGACGACAUACGACUUGCUGCAAUAGAGGCAGCUAAUGGUAUGAGAAUUCAUGAGCAAUGUCCUGCCCCUGUUACGGUAGGUCUCUCCCCGAGCCAAAUUCAGGCUAUUAAUGAAUCACCGUUGGAGUCGCCAAAUAUGUGGAAUGGAAUGAUGGACGAACAAAUGAUGUUCAAUUGUAGUAAUAGUUUUAGAGAAGAAGAGGAAUACAAUGAUGUUGAAAUGAAUGAACCCGAGUGGCAAUAUUGGACAAAUUCUAUUUGGGAUCCUUAA